AAACUUCGGCACUUUCCCCAGGCAGGUUUAGCUAUCAGGAACAGUCUUCGCCAUCAACAUGGUUUGGAUCACGCUGGCAUUUGCGCUCUCUCUGUUCGCCACGCUCUAUGGCGCCCCAACUGAUAUUCAGGCAGUGGAGUCGUCGAGCGUUGAGCAUCGUAUUGAGAAGAGGUCCCUGGAGCACCAGACUAUGUUCCUGUCCGAAUCAUGCCCACGAGAUUCCCAGCUAGACGGUAACCAGAAGGCCUUCAUCACCGACUACCACAACGGUGCUCGCUACCAGAAGGGCAGUAGCAACAUGAACAAACUGUUUUGGGAUGACGAACUGGCUUGUCAAGCUCAGAGAGUAGCCGACAGUUGCGUUUGGGGGCACAACGAUCUGAGAAAUGUUCCUGGUGGUAAGAUGAUUAUUGGGCAGAACAUCAUUGCUGGCAACUUCAACUCCUCCAUUACUUACAUGGGACCCUCUGAACUGGAAUAUUACAUGGAUUUUUUCUACAACGAGAUAGUUCACUAUAAUUACCCGGAUUCUGGCUGCCUGGGAAGUGGAGAAUGUAACCACUACAGAAUGAUGAUGAUUUAUAAACAGACGAAGAUAGGUGCUGCUUGUAACUUCUGCGAACUCUGGGAAAACAACAGCGGCAUGCACGAUUUCACAAACAGCCCUACUCGUGUCUCCUUCUGUGUUUUCAAUUUCGAGUUUCCCUUGUCGGGAAUCAGCGGUGAGAAACUGUACGAAGAAGGCUCCGAGUGCAGCGAAUGCUCCUUUGACUGGUCUAGGUGUGAAGAUGGCUUGUGUGUAAAAUGUAACGAAGGCGAAACUGACUGCAUAAAUACCGAUGGAUGCCAAGACCUCAGCACGGCCGGUACUUGUAAUUAUGUCAAGUCAAAGGGCUGGUGUGGUUAUUAUUUCACGCAUUGCUUGAAGACCUGCGACAAGUGUUAAAAACUCAUCCUGUUUGACCUUGGACAACUUGGAGGACGAAAAAGGAAUGGUUUCACAAAUGAUGACUAUGUUAAAAAGAAAUAAUAAAUAAACUGAUACACAAGUAUGUAAAUCA